CGCCCUCCUCUCUCCCUCCCCCUUCCCCCCCUCGAGCUCCUUAUUUUUUAGCCUCAGCCCCGUGCUCUGGAGAGAGAAAGCGGAGAUUUUAAAAAGAAGGGAAAAAUAAAAAUUAAAAAAUAAAAAGGGUGCGAGGAGAAGAUAGGGGGGAGAGAAGCGCGUAGGGGAGAAUAUCAAAAGGGGAAAGGAAAGAGAGAGACGGAGAGAGAUCUUCGGGAGAAUCCGAGGUUUCCCUCUCGGAUCUCUUCUCCCUCCCACCCUCUUCGCGCUUCGGAUCGGAGAUCGAAUCCGAGGUUACCAUUUCCUCGAUCGAGAUCGAGGGAAACCUCUCGCCUCUUCCGGAUCUAGGGUUUUCUCGGGGGGUUUCUAGUGUUAGGGUUAGGGUUUCGAAGGAUUCAGUCGCUGUUUUGAGCUCGUCUAGGGCAACAAUGGCGGCGUACUUCCCGAGCCAAGUUAGUGCCGUUCAGGUUGGAACCUUCUUCGUGGGGCAGUACUACAAUAUCCUUCAGCAGCAACCAUCUCUCGUGCAUCAGUUUUACAAUGAGGCGAGUACUAUGAUGCGCAUUGAUGGCGGUGCCUCGGAGGCCGCCACAGGGAUGAUGCAAAUCCAUUCUCUUAUCAUGUCCCUGAAUUUUACAAGAAUUGAGAUCAAAACUGCAAAUUUUCUGAACUCCUGGGGUGAUGGCGUCCUAGUGAUGGUUUCUGGUCUUGUACAAGCUAGGGAGUACAAUGCUAGAAGGAAUUUUGUCCAGACUUUUUUCCUUGCUCCGCAGGAGAAAGGAUAUUUUAUACUGAAUGACAUGUUCCACUUCCUUGACGAGGAGCAAAUACACCAGCCAGCGAUAGCAGCCCAUGACAAGUUUGAGAACAAUUUAACUACAUCGGCUAAAGUUCCUGAAGGAGAAAACAUUGCGGCAGUUCCUGAAUAUAUGCAUGAAGGAGAAAGUCACAGCCAAGAAUACAUGGUUCCGGCCCAGGUAGAAGAAAAUGGCACAAUUCCUGAGGAGGACUUUCCUGAGCCACAGCAAGUUUCCCAUUCUGACAACUUGGUAGAGGAGCCACCUGCUGAAGAGCCUGCUGCUUCCUUUCCCAUUACAACUUCCUUUUCCAAUACAUCAGCCGCAGCACGGGACCCAUCUCCUGUUCGCACAGAGGAACCUUCAGCAGAACCACUAAAGCAAACCUAUGCUUCCAUUCUACGAGCCGCAAAAGGGCAAUCUGGUGCUGCUGCAGCUCCACUAAGCAAACCUUCUCCGGUUCCUUUUGAGUGGCAUCAGGCACCUCAGUCAAUUCCACAGCAGUCAACUCCCAUAUUAUCGGUGGUACCUGAGAAGUCCGGCAGUGAGGCAGUGGAGGAAGUUAAUACACUUGAAGAUGAAGUUGAAAGCAAAUCUGUUUACGUGGGAAAUGUUCCCCCAUCUGUCACGGAGUCCGACCUUGAAAACGAGUUUAAGAAAUUUGGUAGAAUCAGACCUGACGGUGUUGCUAUCAGAAGCCGCAAGGAUUCCGGUGGCUACUAUGCCUUUGUGGAAUUUGAUGAUAUCAUUGGUGUUCCGAAUGCACUAAAGGCAUCACCAAUAGAAAUAAAUGGGUUCCAGAUAUAUGUUGAGGAGCGGAGACCUAACAAUGGCAUUUUCCGAGGUGGAAGACGAGGUAGAGGAAGGGGUGGAUAUCAGUCAGAAGCUCCAAGAGGUCGUUUUGGCGGACGGAGUUUUGCCCGGGCGGUGCCAGACUACAACAGCCGGCCGAGGGGAAACGGGUUCCACCCGCGAGCUCCACGGCAGGAUAGGGGUAUUUUAGGAAGUCAGGGCGGGAGAGAUGGGCAGCUAAACUCAUUAGCCUCGCCGUAACCACUUUUGUUUUCGUUCCAUCAGCAGGAAAUCAGGAGCUAGCUUUCGUCGUCCGAGUGAAACUCUUCUUUAGCUCAUGUCUGUUGCUCAAUCCGCCGCUGAUUAGCUUUUUUAUCUAAGUCGUGGAGCCAGUAUCCCGUUUUGUGUGUUUGGUUUCUUCUCUUUCCCUCUUUUAUCAUUUAGAAGUGCUGGUUUUGGCAGUUCCAGCAGAUUCAGAAACUGAGGUUUGAAUUUUUGACUGUUUGUCUGUGUUUUAUUAUAGUGUUUCCUCGGGCCUCUCAGAGCUUGAGAAAAAUUUAUUAUUUAAUUUACCCUAUUUAAAAAUUAUAUGGUCUUCAUUA